GUAAUUCUUAAGAGAAUAGAUGCUCCUAACACGAUUAAGAGUUUUUAGCAGCCAGGGUAGGAUUAGAUAAUAAAGACAAGAAUAAAAAAUUAUAGACCCUAAAGAAUCGAUACAAAUUGAAGACGUAGAUGCAAGAAACUAAAAAUCUAAAGUAAUAUUGUCAUUAAUUUAGUCAACUCCAACCUUAAAGUUUCUAUGUUAAAAUCAUGGGCAAGAAAUAAUUAUGGCGAAACUUGAUGAAAAAAAUAAAUUGUAAUACUCCUGUGUAGAAUGUAUUUCAAAAAAUUAAGGAAAGUACAUAACACUUCAGUAAUUGUAAUAAUAAUUUGUUGCUUUCAGUUUAUAAUCUGAAAGAUUAUUAAAAUAUUGUUUAUACUUGAGAGAGCAAAAUAUGAAUUAAGCAAUAACAAAUUUUAAGGAAUUAGCAAAUAGAUAUAAUUAAACCAUAAAUUUACAAAUUACAUAAUUACAAGAAAAUUAAAAAUCUUUUGAAGAGAUAGUUAAAAAAAAUUUAUAAUUUAAAAAUCACAAUAUUUAUUAGCUCGAAUAAUUACAAUUAUUAGAAAUAUUAGAACCAAUUUUUUAAGAUUAAAAUCCAAACCAUUAUUCUAAAAUUAUAGAAAAAUAAUUAGAAUUAGAUAAACAAUUAAAUAGCAAGUUUGAAUAAUAAAUGAAGGAAUUCUAAAUGCAUAAUUCAAAGCUAAUCUAAUUUGAUUAGUUUGAUCAUUAACUUAUAUCAAAAAAAUUAGAAAAAAUAAUUGGAUUUUACAAAUUAAAUUAAUAAGAUGUGUAGAAUGAUUAAGAAAUUACUAAUUUAGAAAAUUAGAUAAAUGAGUUUCUACUUAAUAAAUUAUAAAAUAAUUUUCUAAAUGAAUGGUAUUAUUAAAUAUAAUAAAAUAGUGAUAAGGUAGACACUGAUCAAGAAUAAUUAAUUGAAAAGAUAAAAAAAGUUUAGGGUUAAUUCAAAGAGAAAGAAAUUGAAUAUUAAAAUUUAGAAAAACUUAAGACUUAACUUAAUUCUGUUGUCUUAUGUAAUUCAAUUGAAUCAAUAUUAUCUAAUCCUUAUCAGCCUUAAUUUAACAGUAGUUAUAAAUUAGCUGGCUAUUAAAUAAUUACACCAAAAGCAGUUUCAGGUAAAAUUAUUACUAGAAUUUUAGCUUCUAAAGGAGGAUUUGGAUUAGCUGUAAUGUAACCUCCACUAGCUAAAGAUAAGUUAACAACAUUUGCUUUUAAAAUAAACGUAUAUAUUUUUCUUAUUAAGUUACGCAAUGCAUGGGCAGGAGUUGGAAUCUGCCAUUUAUAAACAGCCUAAGGUUUUAAUUAUGAUAUGAAUGCAAAUUAUAAAUAAACAAACCACAAUGUCUACAUUGCAUGUGCUGGGGGAUUUAGAAUUUCAAGUUGUGGUUUUACUCAGUCAUCCUUUACCUAUGGUGAAAAUAGCAUAGUUCAUUGUCAGUAUGAUCCAAAAAAUAAUAAAUUAAAUCUAUUACAUUAAAAUGUAUAAAAUAUAAUAAUUAGGACGGAAAUACAUAUUAAAUGGAAAUACAUAAUUAUAAUUUAGACAUGUCUCCCUGUGUCAUGCUAUAUGGAACAGCAGAAAUAGAACAAAUAUGA